AUGAUGAGUCCAGUUUUAUCUAAAGCAGUUGCGUUAGAUCCUAGAUUUCGCGAAUUAAAAUUCAUAUCCGACGAGCAAAAAAAUUUGAUUUGGGAAGAACUUGAAACUGAAAUUUGUGAAAUGAAUCCACAGAGCCAAGAAAUAAGAAAUUAUCAAAAUAAAGCAAAUGAAAUAGAAAAUGUUAUUAGCUCAGAUGAAGAUAAUCCACCUACCAAAAAAAUGCGUUCAUUAAUGGCUGACAGCGAUGAUGAAGACGAAUUUUCGAUUGGUUUUGAAACUCCGAUAACAGCAUUAAUACAACUGCAAAACUACAAGAAUAUGACUAAAAAAUGUCAUCGUGACGAAGAUCCACUUAAAUGGUGGAAAUAA